AUGGCUUUCGCAUUGUCCAGCAGCACGCAGCGCGUCCAAGAAGUGUCGAGGGUUGCGUCCAGUUUGGGUCGCAGCUCCUUCACUGGAUCUCGCACAGCACUUGCACCUGUGAUUAAGUUCAGACAAUCCGCUCGCCAGAUUACCCCUCAGGCACUCUUCACAAGGAACAAGGAGGACAAGGGCCGCAAGACUGGCUACGACAAGGGAGCAUUUGAGGUCGACCCCAUUCAGCCCGCAUUCACCAGGCGCCGCGAAUUGUUUGUGAUCUCAACAGGACUAGGCCCGCUUGGCCAGCUGCAGCUGGAGCUCGGCCUGCCUUCCUAUGCAGUCGACCUGCUGGUGCUGGGGACCGUCGCCUACUCAUUCAUUGGCGGCCUGAACCCCAAGUCCCCCACCUUCUCUGCUGCAAACCAGCGCGAUGUUAAGAAGCGCGGUGCAGGUCCCACUCAGAAGCCGCAGAUUAAUGCAGUCAGCAACCCGGGCGACAUGUUUGGCGCGACUGAGUUUGGCUUCUCAAAGAAGAACGAGCUCUUGGUUGGCCGGACAGCGCAGCUGGGAUUCCUGGCAGCUGUCAUUGGCGAGAAAGUCACAGGCUUCGGCCCCUUGAAACAGUUUGGCCUGGAGACAGGUAUCCCAUUGGGCCAGGCAUCUGUUCUGCUGGUGGCAUUCAUCUCAUUCUUCCUUGUGGCAGCUAUCUUCAACGGCGAGUAUGGUGACAAGGCAAUCGACGAGGACAGGACCUACUAA